AUGCGACGGCGGAGGAAGCCGGUGGUGAUGGCGGCGAUACGGAGGGUGCUAACGUGCGCCAUAUGCAUAAUAGCAUUACUCGGUUUUCUCUCUGUACAUAUCUACGUUGCUCCUUUCAACAGACUCCCCAGGCUUCACCUAAACAACAAACACCACACUCGCCGAGGAGAUACCAUCAACUACGAAAAAUCGAUCACAGAACAGAGCUCCACGAGGAACCUGUCUCGUUCGGAAUCGAUUGAAUCUCCUUUCAUCUCCAAACCCAAGAACAAUGUGAUCCAGUAUCAGAGCUCAGUAUCGGAACACAUCAACAACACACAGGAGCUAUUUCCUCCUCAUAUCUCAACAAACCCAUCUUCUUCUUCCAAGUUGAAUACUACAAGCGGGAUACCGGAUUAUGACAAGCUUUGGAAACCUCCACCAAACCGCAGUUUCGUUCCUUGUGUCAAUCCCAAUCCUAAUUACACAUCUCCAUUGGAAUCUAGAGGCUAUCUUCUUGUUCACACAAAUGGUGGUCUUAACCAGAUGCGUGCUGGGAUAUGUGACAUGGUAGCUAUAGCCCGUAUUAUAAAUGCAACACUUGUAGUCCCAGAGCUCGAUAAACGAUCUUUCUGGCAGGAUACUAGUAAGUUCUCGGAUGUAUUUGAUGAAGAUCACUUCAUCAAUGCUUUAUCUAAAGAUGUGAGAGUCAUCAAGAAGCUUCCAAAAGGUAUUGAUGGACUCACGAAGGUGGUUAAGCAUUUCAAAAGCUACUCAGGAUUUAGUUACUACCAAAAUGAGAUAGCUAGCAUGUGGGAUGAAUACAAGGUGAUCCGAGCAGCCAAAUCCGAUUCUCGUCUUGCAAACAACAAUCUACCUCAAGAUAUUCAGAAGCUGCGAUGCCGUGCUUGCUAUGAGGCUCUACGCUUCUCUACUAAAAUCAGAUCAAUGGGAAAUCUUUUGGUUGAUAGGAUGAGAUCUUAUGGUCCAUACAUCGCGUUGCAUUUGAGGUUCGAGAAAGACAUGCUAGCUUUCAGUGGCUGCAACCACGGUUUAUCUGCUUCUGAAGCUGCUGAGCUAAGGACGAUCAGGAAGAACACAGCGUAUUGGAAAGUGAAAGAUAUUGACGGAAGAGUACAAAGGCUCAAAGGCUAUUGUCCACUGACUCCAAAAGAAGUUGGAAUUUUGCUGACAGCUCUCGGAUAUUCAUCAAAGACGCCGAUAUAUAUAGCUGCUGGUGAGAUUUACGGUGGUGAGUCUCGGUUAGCCAGUCUAGGCUCUCGUUUCUCCAUGUUAAUGAGUAAGGAAAAAUUGGCAACAAAAGAAGAGCUUAAGCCAUUUAUGAACCACUCAACUCAAAUGGCUGCACUUGACUACAUUGUUUCCGUCGAAAGCGAUGUUUUUAUUCCAUCGUAUAGCGGAAACAUGGCAAGAGCUGUUGAAGGGCAUCGCCGGUAUCUUGGUCACCGGAAAACCAUCUCUCCAGACAGGAAAGGCAUUGUGAGGUUGAUAGACAAAAUUGGAAGAGGAUCUGAGAAAGAUAACAUGAAAGUGUAUGAAAGAAUCGUAGAGAUUCACAAAACCAGGCAAGGAUCACCAAGGAGAAGAAAAGGACCGGUUUCUGGAACAAAGGGUUUGGAGAGACAUCGUUCUGAGGAAUCUUUCUACGAAAAUCCAUUACCGGACUGUCUCUGCCAGAGAGACUCAAGUAAACCGAGAUGA